AUGGUGAGGGGUGGUGUGACCUUCCUGUAUGGAAUCCCAGGAAUACAGAGGACAUCUCUCUGGUGGGUUCCCAUUACUGGAUCCAUCUCUCCCUGUGUGGUUAAAACUUGGGCUCAACUAUGGUCCUUUGUUAUUUAUGUGAAAGUUAGAUCCAUCUUACCUUCUGCUCAUCUAAAUCAUCUCUAGGGAUUUCAGUAGAUUUUUCUGGGAUCUCCUGAUGUUCCUGUGUGGAGUCCCGGGAAUACAGAGGAUGGGGACAUCUCUCUGGUGGGUUCCCAUUACUGGAUCCAUCUACCUGAUGAUGGUGGGGGAUGGUGAGAUGUUCCUGUGUGGAGUCCCAGGAAUACAGAGG